CAACAACAGUAACAACAUCUUCGCCAUUGCUAUCUACGACUCCAGGAUAUUGCCUGGAGCCAAUGGAUGAAGAGGAAACACUAGAUGAAAAGCGAACUGCCGAGGGCCGGUCUACUAUUGAUGAGCCAAGUGGAUCCUGGUUGGUGGAAGCCCCUGUAUCGCAGGACCGAGACCAGACUCCAAAACUGAUCUUUGAAUAUGCAAAGCCGUCAGUCGUCAGAGGAAUCAGGUUGGCAUACACAUCAGACAUUCCUGAUAACCGCACAGUAGAACCUCUGAAGAUCAGUUUUAUUGUGUCAUCCAAGAAGCCUGGAGAUGAGGUGUUUACUGAAGUUUCGCAAGUGGAGGUGAACCAACCAAUAAUGACUGCUGAUCUUGAGGAAGGAAAACCCAAGACGGAGAUGUUUCCAGACGUCUCCUCCUUGAAAGAUGUGACUGUUAUUUUGGUGGAAGUGCUCAAUGUUAGUGCUGCAAACUUAAUCAAGUUGGAUGUGGCCAUCUUAGGAUGCACCGAAGAAGUCAGUGAAACCACCUUGGUUUCUACUGUGACAAAGGUGACGACUGGACCCUCAUUCACAACUGAAGAGGUGAAAACUACCACUAUUACUACUCCUGCUGGAGAACGGCUGACCACCACUACAUCCUUACCGCUUGUGUCAACCACGCCAGGCAAGUAG